AUGACCCAAAAUAUAUACUUAAAAUCGCCCCUGGAGGGAGGUUUAGGAGUCCUUUCCCAGCUUGAACUGCUCACAGAUGUCAAAAGACUUCAUCAUUCAACCGAUACAGUGAACUCUGAUCAGCUGAGGCAGACAGGUUUAUGCGAAGAAGAUGACGUUGAAGUUCCUUUGUUUAAGAGUCAGGAUGGUAGCUUCAUCAACAAAAAUGAUCAUUGGAUGGCGUUGUCCUGCUCCUUAGAUGAUGAAUUUUGUCACGUCACUAGAAUGGCAUCCACUUGUAAUUCAGAAGAGGAAAUUUUGUCUGAUGAUGAGAUGAGGCCUUCUACUGAUGGAAAUUUUAAAAGAGAUGGUAAAAGUACAAUGCCUAAGGUAAGUGCAGAUUGCAAAUCAGGAGCUUUCUUCAAUAAAGAUGCUGGGUGUUCAUCGCUAUACGGGGCCUCAUCAAAAUUGAACAGAUCAUCUAAAGGAAGCUCGGGCAAAUCUAAGCCCAAAUUUUUGUUCCAAUCCCGGCCACAGAAGAAAGAUUAUGCUUUGGUUGUCCAUGAUAAUUGUGAAACCUGCACGCCCUUAUCUGUGCUUCCCCUAAAUGUAGAAUUAGACAUGCAAAGAAAAAAUAUAGAGUCACUGGAUGACUUAUUGGAGAAUAAUGGUGGAAAUGAAGUACAACCGUUCGAGGAGAAUUUGGUCUCAUCUGAAGUAGCAGUUGUACAUGAUCCAAAUGAGCAUUCCAUGGCUGAGGUUCUGGAUCACUUUCAGCAUACAAGGUCCUCACGAGGCAAUCCUAAAACGCAGCUGCAAACAAAAAGACAAGGAUCACGGUUCUUACGGAAGAGAAACUUAUUGCUGCUUGGUGACAGAAACAUGAGCAAUGGCGACCAACCUGAGGAACUAGAUAGUGAUCCAUCUAGUGAUGAGGAUGAAGUUCCCCAGAUUCUGAAGUCUGCUAUACCUCAGAGGACCAUGGCUGACCAAUUUCAUCUAGCGUUAGGAGCUGUAUCCACAAAUGAGAGGCUAUCUACUGCAAGGUCUAAGCAAUUCGGGUUAUCUGGAAGGUUGCAGCACGUGAUGCAAUGUGAAAAGGACAGAGAUACAUAUUUCUUGGAGAAGUCACAAACACAUGCUGCUUCAAGUGGUGAAGAAAGCUUCAUUGAUGUGAGAAUUUUGUCAAGUUCUUUGGAGGCCAAGCUGACUGUUUGUUUUUGUGCUUUACAUGGAGAUGAAGAGGGUUCUGAGUGCCUGAGCAAUCCUCGAGAAAGGAAGGGUACUGUUAGAAGGAAGUUUACUAUCAUUUUUAGCUCGAGAAUUUGUAAAGACGUCGAACUUGAAAUAGGGAAUGUUAUCCGCAUACAUCAACCUUGGAAGGAGGUACAUGUGAACGCGAAAGACGAGGCCAUCAUUUUGUGCGCAUAUUUCUCUCAGAUUUAGUCUUUGGAUCACAUUUUAUACCAAGUCCAUGGUAUCCCCUUGUCAACUGCAACCAUGAGAGUUGUUUCUUGCCUUAUUGAGAAGGAUUUGGAUUUUGAGUUUGUCUUUGUU